AUGUCACUGGAGGAAUUGUGGAACACGCUAAAGAAUGCAACUGACUGCAAAACUCUGCUGAAGAAACAUUUGACCGAAGAAGUUUACCAGCAGCUCAAAGAUAGGAAAACAAAGUUCGAUGGAACACUCAUUCAUUGUAUUAAGUCAUCAGGCUGUAACAACCUGGACGGCGGCUGUGGGAUUUUCGCCAGUGACCCCGAUGCCUAUGAGGUUUUUAAGGAGGUGCUCCACCCAGUCAUAAAGGACUACCACAAAGUGUCAGAGAUCAAGCACUCAAAACCAGACUUUGGCGAUUUUAACAACCUCGGAUUUGGCGACCUUGACCCGAGCGGAGAUUUCAUCGUCUCUACGCGGGUCAGGGUCGGAAGUAGCCACGCCAGCUAUGGGUUUCCACCAAUGGUCAAUGCUGAGGUCAGUUAA